AUGGGUCCAGAUCAACAUGCUCAAUUGGAUCCCUUUGGGCUGAUCUUCCCAUUGCCGCUCCGGAUAGCUUCACUCCUGGUGGCCGGUUUCUGGGGAUGGGGCUUGAACCUCGAGUACCUAGCGAAAGCGAACAUCGACGUUCCGGCUCUCAUCAAAUAUCCCGCCCGCACACCCUCCCAGCGUCCGCACCACACUGCGGUCUAUCGUCUGGCCACCAUCUUCACAAUCCCACUGGCCAUCUGGUUCGUCGUCUUUUGGUUAGCCACCCGCCGGUCUCCUGAGUUGGUGGAGCGACUAGACUGGCUUCCACAAUCGGUCUUCGUGAUCCUCCUACUGAUCCUCAUCUGGCCCCUCAACCGCGCUUCCCGGUCCGGACGGGUCCGGUUUCUCCUCACGCUUAAGCGGAUCAGCAUUGGCGGCUUGGCACAGUCCCAGGAUGGCAAGUUCGGUGACAUUCUGCUGGCAGAUGCCCUUACUAGCUACGCGCGUGUGAUUGGAGAUCUCUACAUCAGUUUCUGCAUGUUCUUCACCGAUGGCAUCGCCGCGACCUCGAAGCCCAAUCGUGCCUGUGGGAGCGAAAUUGUCGUCCCCAUCAUCCUGGCCGUUCCCAGCUUGAUUCGGCUGCGACAGUGUCUGACGGAAUAUCUACGUGCGCGCAAGAACACGACCCGCAGAGAAACGCAAAAGGCCACUCAGCACUUGGCUAACGCCCUCAAGUAUGCCACUGCGUUUCCGGUCAUCUGGAUGUCCUCCAAGAUGCGUAACUAUAAUCCGUUGGAGUUCCGCGGAUACAGCGAAAUGAGCAUGAUGCGUCUUUUGUUCAUCUUCUCUUUCAUCAACUCCGCCUAUUCGUUCUGGUGGGAUGUGGUCAAGGAUUGGGACAUGACCCUCUUCUCACCCGAACGCCACGACAAGGAUCACCCCUACGGACUGCGUCGGCACCGCUACUUCUCAUCGAACAAGAUGUACCACUACGUCAUUAUUGCGGACCUCGCACUGCGAUUCUCGUGGCUCUGGCGCAUCGUCCCAGGCUUCGGGUGGAUCCCAGAGACCGAGAGUGGUCUGUGGAUUCUCAUGCUCCUCGAAGUCGGACGUCGCUGGAUGUGGGUGUUCUACCGCACAGAAGCUGAGUGGAUUCGGAAUACACAUGGCCCAGGCCCAGACGAUGUCCUCCUUGGCGAAUACAACCACAAAUUCGACGCGGACUAG